AUGUCUGACGCCCAGAAGCCCGUCGAGGAGACCCCCGUGGCUGCUCCCGCCACUGAGACUCCUGCUGCCACUACUGAGGCUCCUGCCGCUGAGGCCGCUACUGCUGAAGCCCCCAAGGAGACCCCCGCUGAGACCACCGAGGCUGCUCCUGCUGCUACUGAGGAGCCCAAGGCCGAGGAGCCCAAGGCCGAGGAAGCUAAGGAGGAGACCAAGGAAGAGCCCAAGGAGGUCACCCCCGCCUCUGAGGGCACCCUUGGCUACAAGGCCCCCGGUCUGGUCAAGAGCCUCCGCUUCGCCAAGCGCUUCUUCUACUUCAGCGACGAUGCUGUCGAGUCCAAGCAGCUGUCCGUCUUCCGUGGCAACGAGAAGCCCGCUGUCGCCAACCCUAUCGUCGCCUGGGCCAGCCAGACCGGCAAGGGUCUGCUCUUCUUCACCAAGCGUGCUGAGGACAAGGCUACUCCCGCUGGCAUCAUCAGCCUGGCCGAUAUCUCCGAUGUUACGAAGGAGGGUUCCAAUGAGUUCCUCUUCAAGCUGAACGGCCACAAGCAUACCUUCCAGGCCGCCAACACUACUGAGCGCGACAGCUGGAUCGCCGCCCUGGAGGCCAAGUCCACCGAGGCCAAGGCUGAGAAGGAGACCGUCACCUCUAGUGAGGGCUACAAGGCUGAGCUUGAGAAGCUGACCAAGCCUGUUGUUGCUGCUGCCGCUGCUAAGCCCGCCGAGAACAAGGAGGAAGCCAAGGAGGAGGCUAAGGAGGGCGAGGCUAAGAAGGAAGAUGACAAGGAGGCCAAGAAGGAGGAAGAGGCCCCUGCUGCUGCUGCUGCUGCUACUCCUGCCCCUGCUGAGGAGAACAAGGAGAAGGACGCGAAGAGCCGCUCUCGCUCUCGCAAGCGCACCUCCCUUUUCGGAUCUCUCCUUGGCAAGAAGGAGGAGACUGAGGAGAAGAAGGAAGAGAAGAAGGAGGAGAAGAAGGAAGAGAAGGAAGAGAAGAAGGAGGAGGAAGCCAAGGCUGAAGAGCCCAAGGCUGAGGAGCCCAAGGCCGCUGAGACCUCCACCGAGACCCCCGCCGCGGAAGCCUCGACUGCUGCUGAGCCCGUCGCCACUGAGGCCCCUGCCGAAGGUGAGAAGAAGGAUGAGGAGAAGAAGGAAGAAAAGAAGGAGGAGACGGACAAGAAGUCUAAGCGUGCCUCAAUCUUCGGUAACUUCUUCCAGAAGGUCACCAGCCCCUCUCACGAGAAGACUGAGAAGGAAGCUGCUGCUCCUGCUGAGAGCACUCCUGUCGCUAGCACUGCUCCUCAGCUCGACAACCCUGUCGAGGAGUCUGGUAAGCCCAUUGAGCCUGAGAGCGUCACCGCUGCUCCCGAGGUCGAGGCUGCCAAGGACACCGCUCCCGCUGAGACCCCCGCCGAGACUCCCGCUGCCACUAAGGACAAGCGCCGCACCUCUUUCUUCGGCAACUUCGGUAAGAAGAAGGGUGACUCCGACAACGAGGAGGGUGAGGCAAAGCCCAAGAACAAGCUCGGUGGCCUUUUCCGUAAGCCCAGCAAGGCCGUGAAGUCCGAGCCUAAGGCUGAGGAGGAAUCCAAGCCUGCUGAGCCGAAGACUGAGACCGUCCCUGAGGCCGCCCCCGCUGAGGAGAGCUCCAAGCCUGCCGAUGCCCCUGCCACCGAGGAGGCCAAGCCCGUUGUCGCUUCCACCCCCGCUCCGGUCCAGGCUGCUGCUUGA